UUGCUGAUGUGGAAGCUGAAGACUCACGAGAAAAUUCUCGUCGUUUACGUCGUCGGUGAGAAACAUCGCUCGCCUUGACGUUCGGAAACUCUCUAUUCCGACGCCAAGUUUCACGAUUUAUUACAUAUUGCGUGUGUUAUUUUUUUUUUACACCGGCACACUCGUAAAAUGCGAGAACUCGUGUACCUCCAAAUUCUAAUCGGUUUCUCCGUCCUGGCAACGGUGAUUCCGAAGCCGGACAACGAACAUCGCAUUUUGAGCAAGGAUGUGAGUAAUGAAGAUCACUAUAUAAAUUCACAACACAAUCCAGCCUAUGAUCAUGAAGCUUUCCUUGGAGAAGAAGCUAAAACCUUUGAUCAGCUUACUCCUGAAGAAAGCACCAGAAGAUUAGGUAUCAUUGUUGACAAAAUUGACAAGGAUAAUGAUGGCUAUGUAACACAAGAGGAACUCAAAGACUGGAUAAUGUACACUCAACAACGUUACAUUAGAGAUGAUGUAGAGCGUCAGUGGAGGUCUCAUAAUCGACAAGGAAAAGAGAAAUUGUCAUGGACAGAGUAUAGAGCAAUGGUUUAUGGAGAUAUGGAUGAACACGAGAAGGAAAGGCAGGACAAGUCAGAUGAUGAUUCUUUCUCUUACCUCACUAUGCUUAAAAGAGAUCGCAGAAGGUGGACUACUGCUGAUUUAGAUGGUGAUGAUGCUUUAACCAAGGAGGAAUUUACUGCCUUCCUUCAUGCUGAAGAGGCAGAGCAUAUGAAGGAUGUGAUAGUAUUAGAAACAAUGGAGGAUAUCGAUAAAGAUGGAGAUGGAAAGAUAUCUCUUGCAGAAUAUAUUGGUGAUAUGUAUAAAGGCAAUGAAGGUGAAGAGGAACCUGAAUGGGUGAAAAACGAAAAGGAGCAAUUCUCCUCCUAUAGAGACAAAGACGGUGAUGGAUUUUUGAAUGCUGAUGAGGUAAAAACGUGGAUCAUUCCUGCGGAAUUCGAUCAUGCGGAAGCGGAAUCUCGACACUUGAUUUACGAAGCGGACACGGACGCCGAUCACAAACUUACAAAGGACGAGAUUUUAGAGAAGUACGAUAUAUUCGUCGGGUCUCAAGCUACAGAUUUCGGAGAGGCAUUGACGAGGCAUGACGAGUUCUGAAGAUGUAAUCUCAUAAAAUUACUAUUGAACAAAUUACUUAUAAUGAUCUACUUAAAAUUUUAUAAGAGUCACAUCAUUUAAUGAAGGAUAUUUAUACAUUUAUUAUAAUAAAUGUGUUUUUAUAUUAACGUCUAUCUAGUGUGUAGAUAUGCGAUCGAUAAUAAUUUAAUUAAAAAGAGAUAUAUAUAGUAGCGUAGAAAAAAGAGAGAAAGAGAGAAAUGCAUGAAAUGCUAUAUCUGCCAAAAAUUGUAAAGAAAUUAGCUAUUGUUACAAUAAACUUUUUAUAUUAUCAUUGUA